AUGGCAGAUUUACCGGACGACAACGCGCCUUCGGGCCCUCCCUCGCCCAUGAGUACGCGACGACCAAGAUUCGACUCUCGGAGAAGCUCGGUCGGAGGAGAGCCGGAUGAGCGCUCCCCGCUGCUUCUGGGUGGUGCGAGGUCAAGAAGGCGUCUUCAACAAUCCGGUCCGGAGAGUCCAAAGUAUCUAACUCCGGGCCUGUCAAGAAAUCAUAGCACUGCUGGAAGCAUCAGAAGUUUACACCACAGUCGCAACCCGUCCUUGGGCCAACGUCUCUCACAUGCCUUCUCCGACUUUCCCGAUCCGAUGAGCGAGUCGAAACGAUCAAUACAACCCAACGAGCGCGUAUGGUACGAUCAGUUUACAUCCACCGACUGGGUCCAUGAUAACAUCAUCGAUGCCCAUCGAGUCAAGGCUCUGAAGAUGCGCAAGGACUUUCGGGGAAGGUUAUAUGCCAUCUUCGACGCCUCACAAGGAUGGAUUCUGAGUGCGCUGUGCGGCUUCGUCGUCGCCCUUGUCGCCUACGUUGUCAACUUAUCGGAAGCCACUGUCUUCGAUUACAAGUACGGAUAUUGCGCGCGGGGCUGGUAUAUUAGCGAGAGGAAUUGCUGUCCGAAGCAAGGCCCUUGCGAAGAUUGGCGGACCUGGUCCGAGGUCCUGAGGUUUUGGCCAUUUGGAGAUGUAGGCACCGAAUUCACCAUCUAUUUGGUCGGGUGCGUUGUCUUGGCAGGCAUCGCCUGUGCCAUGACCCUAACCACAAAGACCGUGGUACCUUCGGCAUAUCGGAUGACAACGUUCGACGAGAACCUCGCGGCAGAGCUUGCGCCAUACGCAGACGAACCGACGAGCGACGAAAGCCCGACUCCCCCAGAAGUCGUUGAGGCGAUUGAGGCCGCUGUGCCUCCUCCAAUGGUGUAUUACUCUGCUGCCGGAAGUGGAGUGGCCGAAGUUCGUGUCAUUCUCAGUGGUUUCGUCUUGCACGGUUUCCUGGGUGUAAAAACCUUGGUUAUCAAGUCUGCCGCGCUCAUUCUCAGUGUGGCGUCUGGCCUCAGUCUUGGCAAAGAAGGCCCUUACGUGCACAUUGCUACCUGCAUUGGCAACAUUGCUUGCCGUCUCUUUUCCAAGUAUGACAAGAAUGAUGCCAAGAGGCGCGAAGUGUUGUCCGCAGCUGCAGCUGCAGGUGUGGCCGUCGCUUUUGGCGCUCCUCUGGGAGGUGUUCUCUUCGGCCUCGAGGAGGUCUCAUACUUCUUCCCAGCGAAGACGCUCUUCCGCACCUUUUUCUGCUGUAUCGUGGCCGCACUGUCGCUCAAGUUUCUCAACCCCUACGGUACACACAAGAUCGUAAUGUUCCAAGUCAAGUAUGUGGCAGAUUGGCACUACUUUGAGAUUGUCUUCUACAUCGUCAUCGGCAUCCUAGGUGGUGCCGCCGGUGCUCUCUUCAUCAAGGCCUCUAAGCACUGGGCCAAAUCAUUCCGGAGAAUCACUUUCAUCAAGACGUAUCCAAUGCUCGAGGUACUUCUGGUUGCUGUUGUUACCGGCAUCAUGAGUUAUUGGAACGUCCACACGAAACAGCCUGUUGCCAAACUCAUGCUCAACCUUGCAGCUCCAUGCCACGAUGGCUCCGAUCGCGAAGACUAUGGCCUCUGUCCGACCGCUAUGGACGACAUCCCACCUGUGCUCCUCAGCCUCUUUACUGCAUUCCUUAUCAAGGGUUUCUUGACGAUCAUCACAUUUGGCAUUAAAGUACCUGCGGGUAUCUACGUUCCAUCCAUGGUGGUCGGCGGUCUCAUGGGCAGACUUGUCGGCCAUGUGGUGCAGUACAUGGUUCUGCUCUGGCCCGACUUUGGACUGUGGGGUGCAUGUGCCGCGAAGGAGGCGGGAUCCUGCAUUCAGCCAGGAGUAUACGGUCUAAUUGCUGCUGGAUCAACCAUGUGCGGUGUAACCCGACUCUCGGUGACACUUGCAGUCAUCCUGUUCGAGCUUACCGGCAGCUUGGACUAUGUUCUGCCAUUCUCUUUGGCCAUUCUUGUGGCCAAGUGGACUGCGGACGCCAUUGAGCCAAACAGCAUCUACGAUCUCCUGACAAGCAUGAACUCAUACCCCUUCUUGGACAACAAGCACAAGCCCAUUUUUACUUCGGAUCUUGCCGACAUCGUUCCGCGUGUCCGACGUGAACGUGUCAUUGACAUCAGUGCCUCUCCAAUGGUUUCUGCAGUCAGCCUUCGCGGCAAGUUGCAGACCCUCCACAGAGCUGGAGAGAUUGACGGAGGUCUGCCCAUCAUCCGGGAUGGAAUCCUUGUUGGCCUGAUCCCCGCCCCUGACUUGGAAUUUGCCCUCGAUAACUUGGAUGAUGAAGCAUCAAGCAUGUGCUUGAUGGCCCAAGUUACAACCAUUGAGGACUCUGACGAUGAUGGGGAGAUGGACAAGACUGACUUCACCCCGUACAUCGACCCUGCACCUGUGGCUUUGGACAUGCGAUCCCCCAUGGAUCUCGUUUACGAGUGUUUCGUCAAGCUUGGUCUGCGCUUCGUGUGUGUCCUGAAGAAUGGACGUUACGCAGGAAUGGUACAUAAGAAGAGCUUCGUGAGAUACAUGCGGGAGCUUGAGGAGAAGGAGGGACACUGA